GUUUUUUUCUUACUUUUUCCGCAGAUGUGCUUUACUGAAGAAACAUAGCUUUCGAUUUUAUUUAUUUAUUUUUAUUACUGUGACGGAAAAUGUCUUCACCACCGGAUGUGAUUUUGCUGGAUCGUGGCAAUAACACCACGUGCUCUGUGAACCUACAUGGAGCGACGAUUGUUUCUUGGAGAGUGAACAACCAGGAGCAGUUGUUUGUGAGCAAGCAAGCAGUUUUCGACGGGAAGAAAGCGAUUCGAGGAGGCGUCCCGUUUAUUUUUCCGCAAUUCGGAGCUUGGCAUCUUGGUCCACAACACGGUUUCGCACGAACUUCCACAUGGACUCUCGAGUCGCCGCCGGAAAGGCUCGAGUCUGGGGAUGUGGAAGCUAUGUUUUCGUUGACCGAUUCCGAGCACACGAGGAGCAUGUGGAAUUUUCCGUGAGUCAGCAACGGGUGUGGAAUUUUCUGGUUGAUUUACUGUGGGGACCCCGAGCUGCGGACG